AGGGUGGAUAUGAACCGUAAUUUUUGCGAAUGGCCCCAAUCCCAGUCCCCGUCACCGACGCUCUAAGUUAGGACAUUAAAGGGUGUGCUGGAACUGUGGAGUGAGCAAGAAAAGAUGGGAUCAGUGGCGAAGAAGGGGUUGCAGCACUACUUGCUGCAGCUCCAGCGACACCCUCUCAGAACCCAGAUGAUAACGGCGGGAGUGCUGUCGGCGGUGAGUGAUAUUGCAGCGCAGAAGCUUUCUGGCAUUCAGAAGCUUCAGCUGAAGCGACUUCUUCUUAAAGUGAUAUUUGGGUCAGCUUAUUUAGGCCCUUUAAGCCAUUAUUUCCACAUAUUGCUGGAUAAAAUUUUCAAAGGGAAGAAGGACCCAAAAACUGUAGCUAAGAAGGUGGUACUGGAGCAACUUACAAUUUCACCUUGGAACAACCUGAUGUUUAUGAUUUACUAUGGCUUAGUUAUCGAGGGGAGACCCUGGAUCCAUACAAAAUCUAAAAUCAGGAAGGAAUUUCCAACUGUCAUAUAUGCAUCGUGGACAUUCCGGCCUGUGGUUGGAUGGGUAAAUCAUCAGUACGUUCCACUGCAGUUCCGUGUUAUUGUCCAAGGCGUCUUUGCUUGUUUCUGGGGAAUAUUUCUGAAUCUAAGAGCCAAAUCUCUGGCACCUGCUAAACCUUGAGAAGGAGAGGAGGAAAUGUGCCUUGUUUGGUUUUGGACAUUGUCAGCUUGUUUUAUGCAUAUAUAUGUAUAUUUUCAUCAUCCAAAACUACUAGCUGUAUUAUCUCAUUAAGUGUUUGAACUAAUUCUGAUUCCUAUAACGUUGGAUUGAAUGUGAAUGUGAAAUAUUUCAACAUUUAUUCAUCCAGAUCUGCUGGUCACACCUUGUCCUUCA